UGACAUUCUUCAUUGAAAUUGUUUUAGGGCGGGUAAAUUGUAAAUUAUUAUUUCUGACUUUUUGUAAAUUUUCUCUGAAAUUUUAUCACGGACGGAAAUGUGUGGUCGUACAGGAUUGUCUCUCAACAAGCACCAGAUACAAUGUGCCACCAGUUAUAAACCCAAAGGAAGCAGUAAAUAUAUUCAACCGGAUUGGUUGUCUGAACAUAAUGAUGGGAAGGAAUAUGUCCCAUCUCAUAACAUAGCUCCAACUGAUGUUACACCCGUGCUAGUUUCUUCUAGCAAGUUCAGGAAUGCAUCAAAAACUGAAAGAGUACUGAAACCAAUGAUGUGGGGCAUCAUACCUCCGUGGCAUAAAGGUGACUAUAAUACACAUAAUCUUAGUACAAACAACUGUCGCUUAGAAAGCAUUAAAAGCUCUAAGCUCUAUUUCCCUAUAUUGAGAGGAGGAGGCAGGUGCAUCAUUGUGGUUGAAGGAUUUUAUGAAUGGAAAACAAGUGAAAAGUCACAAAAAGGAAAACAACCUUACUAUAUCUAUGCUCCACAGGAUGGAGAGGUCAAGGUAGAUGAUCCUCGCACAUGCAAGAAUGAGUUUAAUGAAAUCAAUGGAUGGAAUGGGGUGCGCCUUCUCUUAAUGGCUGGUCUUUACAACAUAUGGCAGAAUGAAGAUGUCACUAUUUACUCCUAUUCUGUCAUAACUAUGGACUCCAACAGCACUCUUGAUUGGCUGCAUCACAGAAUGCCAGCUAUUUUGGAUACUCAAGAACAAAUAGAAGCAUGGCUCAAUAUUGAUAGUGUACCCCCAGACAUGGCUCUCUCCUUCUUGAAGCCUACAAAGGUUCUAUCAUGGCAUCCUGUGUCUACAUUAGUAAAUAAUUCACGUAAUAAAUCUACAGAGUGCAAUAAAAGAGUAGAAGAAACUAAAAAUAAAAGUUCACAAAAAACAUUAAGUGCAUGGUUUUCUCCGGUGCAGAAGAGGAAAUCCAGUGAAGAAACUAGUUCUGUAUUUAAAAAGGCAAAGAAAUAAAUAGAGUUUAUAAA